AUGCAAUGCUGCAUUUUUCGACGACGACGUAGACCUACCCUUUGUCCGGAGGCAUCAAGCUCAGAAUCGGCUGCAUCCGAUUCGGAUAACUUCUAUGGCAUCGGAAAGCCAGAGCCUGCAAGCGGGAAGAAGCAGCGUCGGAGACAAAUACAUCGCAUAUUGGAUCGAGAUGGUGUGGAAUUUCAGAGCAAAGGAAUAUUUCACGUUGUGCAGACAAGAAGAACAUGCGCAAUUUUUUUGCUCGAUUUCUUCCACACUGUAAUUCAUUUGCCAUUUCCUGGCCUGUUCGCUGUCACUUUGACCGUGUAUUAUGCCUGUUUCGCCUUCUUUGCCUUGUUUUGGAUUUGGUUCUCCGACAUUUGCCACAUUGGCCUCGACACAUACAGAGAUGCUUUCUAUUUGUCGGUCGAGACUCAAAUGACAAUUGGAUAUGGUGUUAAGGACGCCAAUUUUGGGGGGUGCUGGGAGGCAGCCGUCCUCCUGGUGGUGCAGACCGUGGUGGGUUUGAUGCUGGAUGCUACUGUGAUUGGCGUGGUCUUUCAAAAGCUGGCCAAUGCAAAUGCCCGUGCGAAUACGAUGAUUUUUAGUGAUACAGCCCUUUUGGAAGUUGAAGAUGCGUGCACAUAUUUACGAUUUCGAGUUGCGGACAUGUCAUUCCGGCCCUUGUCACAGGCCACUAUGCAAGUGUACUGUGUGCAACAUCAUCGGGAUGCUAGUCAACCACGUGGAAUUCGCGUGGAACUGGCCGCUAUGCAGCUGGAGGAGCCAGAUACAGAUAUCCACAAUGGAAUUAUUUUUUUAGGUUUGCCCGCCAUGGUGUCACACAAGAUCGACUACAACAGUCCCCUAGCACCAGAUGUUCCGUCUGGCACGUCUGGCUGCCCAUCACAAGCUGAAGUGCGAAACUAUUUGAGUCAGUCGCCUUAUUUGGAAGUUCUGGUGCUGCUGAGUGGCACAGAAGAAUCCACUGGAGCUGUGGUUGAAGCUAGACACUCCUACACAUUGGAGGACAUUUUUUGGAACAGAACCUACGGCACAUGCGUCUCGAUCAAUAGUGAAGGCUACCAUUGCGUGGAUUUUCAUGCCAUCCACCACACCUACGCUUUGACUCAGCUUUCAGAUCCGGUCUACGGGGUCAAUUCCUUGGCUCAUGGAGUUUCUCACACUUUCCCAGCUUUUGUGCAUGACAAUGCCCUUGACAGCGAGGAUGAGUAG